GGCGGCUGCACCGCAGAGCGCGGAGGAGAGCGCUCGCUCGCAGUCCGGGGCGCCAGCUGCUCGAGCUCUGCUAAGUUGGCUGGCGGGCGCAGGAGGAGCGGGCUGCGCGAACCAGAGGGGCCGCCAGGGGACCGGCGCGCCGGCUGCCGCUGACCGAGUCGGCCUCCCCAUCCGACAGAUCACUUUUCCUGGAGAGAGCGGUCCGGCCGCCUUGGGCCACCAGCACCUGCCUGCGCGCGGCGGCCUUCUUCCCUCUCCCGCGCUCCGCAGCCCUCUGCCCCCAUGCUCCGCGACCCCGCCGCCGCCCGGUGGCCGCCCCUCCUGCUGCUGCUCUUGCAGCUGCCGCCGCCGCCACUCGUCUGCGGCGCCCCGGCAGAGCCGAGAACCACCGGGUCGCAGGCCUCGGAGCUCCUGGUGCCCACGCGGUUGCCGGGCAGCACGAGCGAGCUCGCCUUCCACCUGUCCGCCUUCGGCCAGGGCUUCGUGCUGCGCCUGGCGCCCGACGCCAGCUUUCUGGCGCCCGAGUUCAAGAUCGAGCGUCUCGGGGGCUCGGGCGCUGCGGCCGGGGGCGAGCCGGGGCUGCGAGGUUGCUUCUUCUCGGGCACGGUGAAUGGGGAGCGAGAGUCGCUGGCGGCGGUGAGCCUGUGUCGCGGGCUGAGCGGCUCAUUCUUGCUGGCAGGCGAGGAGUUCACCAUCCAGCCGCAAGGCGCUGGGGACUCCCUGGACCAGCCUCACCGCCUGCAGCGCUGGGGGCCCGGGCAGCGCCGGGAGGACCCCGGGCUCGCCGCCGCCGAAGUCUUCCCCGUCCCUCAAGGACACGAGUGGGAGGUGGAGAUGGGUGAGGGGCAGGGACCGGAGAGAAGUGACGACGAAGAGGGCAGGGAGCAGGACAAAGAGGGGCUGCGCAAAGAGACAGAAGACUCCAGAGAACUGCCACCACCCUUAAGAUCCAAAACAAGGAGCAAACGGUUUGUGUCCGAGGCUCGCUUCGUGGAAACACUGCUAGUGGCUGAUGCGUCCAUGGCUGCCUUCUAUGGGACCGACCUACAGAACCACAUCCUCACAGUGAUGGCAAUGGCAGCCCGAAUCUACAAGCACCCGAGCAUCAGGAACUCUAUCAACCUUGUGGUGGUCAAGGUGCUGAUCGUGGAAGAGGAGGGGUGGGGCCCAGAGGUGUCGGACAACGGUGGGCUCACGCUGCGCAACUUCUGCAACUGGCAGCGGCGCUUCAACAAGCCCAGCGACCGCCACCCAGAGCAUUACGACACCGCCAUUUUGUUCACCAGACAGAACUUCUGUGGGAAGGGGGAGCAGUGUGACACCCUGGGAAUGGCAGACGUCGGCACCAUCUGUGACCCCAACAAGAGCUGCUCCGUGAUCAAGGAUGAGGGACUGCAGGCAGCCUACACUCUGGCCCACGAGCUAGGGCACGUUCUCAGCAUGCCACAUGAUGAUUCUAAGCCCUGUGCGAGGCUGUUUGGGCCCAUGGGCAAGUACCACAUGAUGGCGCCAUUCUUCAUCCACGUGAACAAGACGCUGCCCUGGUCCCCCUGCAGUGCCGUAUACCUCACAGAGCUCCUGGAUGACGGUCAUGGAGACUGUCUCCUGGAUGCCCCCACCUCGGUCCUGCCCCUCCCCACAGGCCUCCCAGGCCACAGCGCCCUCUAUGAGCUGGACCAGCAGUGCAAGCAGAUCUUCGGGGCUGAUUUCCGCCACUGCCCCAACACCUCUGUAGAGGACAUCUGUGUCCAGCUCUGGUGCCGCCAUCAGGACAGUGAUGAGCCCAUUUGCCACACAAAGAACGGCAGCCUGCUCUGGGCUGAUGGUACGCCCUGUGGCCCUGAGCACCUAUGUCUAUAUGGCAGCUGUGUGCUCAAAGACGAAGUGGAGAAUCCCAAGGCUGUGGUAGAUGGAGACUGGGGUCCAUGGGGACCCUGGGGAGAAUGUUCUCGCACCUGUGGAGGAGGAAUACAGUUUUCCAACCGUGAGUGUGAUAAUCCAGUGCCUCAGAAUGGAGGAAGAUUUUGCCUGGGUGAGAGAGUCAAGUACCAAUCCUGCAACACAGAGGAAUGUCCAUCAAAUGGCAAAAGCUUCAGGGAGCAGCAGUGUGAGAAAUACAAUGCCUACAACCAUACUGAUCUGGAUGGGAAUCUCCUGCAGUGGGUCCCCAAGUAUUCAGGAGUGUCCCCCCGGGACCGAUGCAAGCUGUUUUGCAGGGCCCGGGGGAGAAGUGAGUUCAAAGUGUUUGAACCCAAGGUGGUCGAUGGCACUCUGUGUGGACCAGAUACUCUGUCCAUCUGCGUCCGGGGGCAAUGUGUUAAGGCUGGCUGUGACCAUGUGGUGAACUCACCUAAGAAGCUGGACAAAUGUGGGGUGUGUGGAGGCAAAGGCACUACUUGUAGAAAGGUCUCCGGUUCUUUCACCCCCUUCAGUUAUGGCUACAACGAUAUUGUCACCAUCCCAGCUGGUGCCACGAACAUUGAUGUGAAACAACGGAGCCACCCAGGAGUCCGGAAUGAUGGCAGCUACCUGGCACUGAAGACAACCGGUGGGCAGUACCUACUCAAUGGCAACCUGGCCAUCUCUGCCAUAGAGCAGGACAUCUUGAUGAAGGGGACCGUCCUAAAGUACAGUGGUUCCAUGGCUACCCUGGAGAGGCUGCAGAGCUUCCAGGCCCUACCUGAGCCUCUCACAGUACAGCUCCUGACUGUGUCUGGUGAGGUCUUUCCCCCAAAACUCAGGUACACCUUCUUUGUUCCCAAUGACAUGGACUUCAGCAUGCAGAAUAACAAAGAAAGAGCAACCACCAACAUCAUCCAGUCAUUGCCCCAUGCAGAGUGGGUGCUGGGGGACUGGUCUGAGUGUCCUAGCACUUGUGGAGGUAGCUGGCUUCGGAGGACUGUGGAAUGCAGAGACCCCUCGGGUCAGGCCUCUGACACCUGCAAUGAGGCUCUGAAACCUGAAGAUGUCAAGCCCUGUGGAAGCCAGCCAUGUCCCCUAUGAUCCCCUUGGUGGAAAUGUCUCAGGCUCAUGGACUUGGGCUACUGGGGUAUAUAGACAAGGGUCCCCUCUGAGGUGAUACUAUCAAGAUGGCUUGGCCCUUCCAGGCCUCCUGUUACUACAGUCCUUUGGGUACUGCCUAAUUCAUAAAGAAGAGGAGAAGAGGGUACGAGGGUAACAGAUCCUAAAGUUGACUGUCCAGUGGACUGGACCUUGCUUAGGUUCAAGUAGAGGGUAUAAGUUAAAAGGUAAAAGUGCACUUAUUGAUCCAAAUGGGAGACUUCAGAGCCAGCCUUUUUGCAAAGGACUGGCAAAGUUAAGUGAAAAAGAAUUUUUUUUUCUAUUUGGUUUCCCCAGUAAUCAAUCUACCUCACAGUGAGGGGGAAGUCAGUAUAUGAGAAGUAUAGGGCCAGGCGUUAUUGGUGAUGCCAAAGCAAGCUCUGUAGCUGUCUCCGACUAUCUUCAGUGUUAAAGGCCAAUGUCUAAAGGGUGGUGGCAUCCAUACAGGGUUCUAGAGAGCCACUUGUACUCAAGCUGCCCCCUGCUGGGGUGGACCCCAUUUCAACUAUUUAUGCAAAUAUGUCUCUGAACUAAAGUGUGAUCUUAUGCCAAUGAAACUGUCUAGUCUGGUUCAUUACUUCUUUGGAAAGGGCAGAGACCCAGCAUCCAAAACCAAAGGCUGAAACAAGCUUACUCACAGCACACAUAGGGUAACUGCCAUCUUCCCUGGGUAUCUUCAACUUUCAGUAAGAAGGUGACCGCCUUAGGUUCUCACAAGCCUACUAAGUCCAACUCGUGCAAGCAACCGCUCAUCUGUGUGAGCUCCACCAACGACUCUCAAACCCCAGUGCCUUUAGAGGGCUCAGCCCAGCAUGCUAGCGUCUGUGGUUCUACAACCACCCAGGUAAUAUGAAGGCUGCUGUUUUAGAGACCACAUUUCAAGAACCCUGCAUUAGAGAAAAUUCCUACCUAUAGGUUACAGUAGUUUUCAGUACUUUUGGGAUCCCCCUUUGUUUUCAUUGUUGUUCAUUUUGGUUUUUUAUUUUGAGAAAAGGGCUCAUGAAGCGCUGACUGACCUCAAACUCUCUAUGUAGUCAAGGGUGGUCUUGAACUUCUGAUCCUCCUAUCUCCACCUCCCCGGUGCUGAAAUUGCAGGGGUGUGCCACCAUGCCUGUCUUUAAAUUUUUUAUUUAUUUUGAGUCAGGGCCUUGUUAUUCUUGAGAAAGGGUAUCAUUCUACUCAGCAAGCUGCUCCAUCAGCCUUCUUGCGUGCUGGCCUGCCUCAUUUAAACAGCAGCAGCAGCAAGAGCCUCUCUCUCCUACCUUCUGCCUAGGGAUCACCACUCCAGUGACAAAAGCACCUGCUCAGCACCUGACCCCCACCACAUCUCAUCCAUAUCUCACAGCCCUUUUGGUCCAACUCCCCAGUGAGCACUAUUAACCUGGAGUAACAGUCCCUAUCUGAGCCCCUGAAAUCCUGUCUGUAGAGCUCAUCUCUCCCAAGGCUCAGAAGAGCUCUCUGGCUCAAUCUUCCAUAUAAGGAACUAGGUCCUUGGUCAUAAAUGGGUGAGAAGAAACGGACAUU